GACAGGACUACAAUUCCCAGCCUGCCCUGGGAUGUCGCCGGAAGUGCGUGGCGGACGGAGUGAUGGCGGCGGCUAAUUGUUCUCUGACUGUGUCUCGGCACCUUCUCGACCCCAAGUUUGACAGUUACAAACUGUCCUUGGAAACGCUGCCCAUUUACACUGUGGACCUUGAUGGUGCUGUAGCUGAAGUGAAACUUCGAGAAGAUCAGUACACCUUGGACCAUAUGUGUGUCUUUGGCAUGUACAACUAUCUGCACUGUGACAGGUGGUAUCCAGACAGUGUCUAUUAUAUUGAUCAGCAUGAGAGAAUCAUGCAUCUGGACAUCACGUUGGAUACUGCAAUAAGCAAACCCCGAGAAGUAUUCCGUCUAUCACCAGAGAUUAAAUCUUGUGAUACCUUAGUCUGCGCUUCUAUGCAUUUUACAUCACCUUCGUGGGUAUCCUUGUCAGAUGGAACAGGAAAGCUUUAUCUCAUCAGAACAGGCAAACGUGGAGCAAAUAACAUUGAGAAAUGGGAGAUAAUGUACCAGCAAGAACUUGAAGAGCCCUUUGUGAUAGUCCAUAGCCAUUCUUACCUUAAAGAUAGCACCCACUCAAUAGAUGUUGUUUUACUCAGGACAGAGAAGGAUGAGUCAAACAUCAGAGGAAGUGGGUUCCAUUCGGCUGUAGAUUGGCUAACCAUCACUAAUGCAAAUAAUGAGAGCAACAAAUAUGAAGUUUCAAGGCACCGAACUCUACGUGGGAAACUAGCUCCGCAUUAUGCAGCUGUAGAGCAGGAUGGCACUGGCCUGAUGAUAGCUUCUGACAAACCUUUCAAGUUUGUCCAGAUUGACGGAAAAUGUGUAGAGGAACAGAAAUUGGAGAAAAUGGACACCAACCAGAAAAAAGAACCGGUAUAUUAUUGGCAGCAGACAGAUGAAGAUCUUACAGUAAACAUUCAACUACCAGAUAACACCACAAAACAGAACAUAGACUUCCAGUUGUCAGCAGGUCAUUUGCAAGUUGGAAUAAAAGGAGAAGCUGCUAUCAUAGAGGGCAAUUUGUACUCUUCAGUUGACCAUGGCCUCAGCAAAUGGACAAUUAAUGGCAAUAGCUUGGAGGUCUUCUUAUUAAAGAAGAAUAAAGGAGUGACAUGGCCACAACUCAUCGUUGGUGACAACAGAGGUGAAUUCAUCAUGGACCCUGAUCAGGCUUCUCAGAUAAAUGAGUGUUUGCUGAACCUAGCCUCUGAAGAAUUGAAUGCAGACCCUGAAAAAGACAAGCCACCAUGCAAUACCAGCGAGUUAGAAGAGUGUGAUCGCUUCCCUGAUGAUACUGCCAGUUUAACUCGAUUUGACGCGUACACGUCAAAAGCUACUCAUGUGGUUAAUCUGAGCAGUCACCAGUAUCUGUUCACAGCAGUGGUGGAUCCAGCUGAGAUGCCCUGCUUCUGUCUACGCCACGAUGUUGAUGCACUUCUAUGGCAACCACACCCACAACAAGACAACAUGUGGGAGCACAUUGGGACAUUCAAUGCUUUAGGCUAUGUUCAGGCAUCUAAACGUGAGAAGAAAUUUUCAACUUGUGCUCCAAACUAUUCCUAUGCUGCUCUGUGUGAAUGCUUCCGUCGAGUCUUCAUUUACCGGCAGCCUGCGCCUGUUCAAACAGUACUUUACAACCGAAAGGAAGCUAGACAUGUAGGGCAGGUUGCCAAGCAACAGGUUGCCAGCUUGGAAACAAAUGAUCCUGUACUGGGUUUUCAAGCUACUAAUGAGAGGCUGUUUGUUUUGACAAGAAAAAACUUGUUUAUAAUUAAAGUGAAUACAGACAUCUCUGAGUGAAUUCAAUGCAAUAGGUCAAAGGAUUUCAGGAUGCCAUGUAAAAUGGUUUAUUAAUAAUUAUAGUUUAGAUUAACUUCCCACAUGAGUUACAAAACACAUUGUUACCUGUUUGUACAGUCCUAGUUACCCCAGAAUUAUUACAGCUUUCUAUUACUUUGAACAGAUUUCUGCACAGAUGUAGCAGAUUGUGCUACAUUAAUGACAUGACUUGGCGAUGCAUAAUUAAAAAUGGCUUCAUACUUUGAGAUCUAAGCAUAAUAUUUCAGUUUGUGCUGAAAAGCAAUAUUUGAAAUGUUUCUGUGUCAAAGCAUAGUUUUCUUCUAGCAAUGAACAUUAGGAAGCACUUGUGAAAUAAGUGCUGAUCUGGACAUGUUGUGUGCAACCUCCAUACAGCUCUGGAGAUUUAUCAGCCGGCUUUCCUGAGCUCCUGCCCACAUGAUGCACGUUCAAAAUGGCCUCGAUCUGCACAAAGGAUUAUUGGAAGCAAUGAAAGAGAACAGCAGAGCUUUCCCUGCCACAUAGCCAGGGCACUGUCAACUCACUGUCACCUGAACUUCCAACAAAAUGCAGUGUUUUACUGGUGUAUGGACGUACAGUCCCCACUGUUUAUAGUGGAUGUGUUUGUGAGACAUUGAUAUUCUUGUUUUGACCAUAAUCUGCUAUAUAACUAUGUUGAUGAUUGCAAAUAAACUAAACUACUUAUAAUAUAA